AUGACUCAGGCGCAAACCCAAUCACAUCUCCAAGGGAACGAUCUCAUCCUCGCCUGGUCACCCUGCCCAGGAGUGCGCGUGCUCACGUUGAACCGCCCGGCAAAGAAAAACGCUCUAUCACAGGGUCUCAUAGACGAGCUUCUAUUGCAGCUGAAAAUAUCCACAGGCGACGACGAUAUCCAUGCAAUUAUCGUAACGGGCUCCGACACAGUUUUCUCAGCCGGUGCAGAUAUCAACGAGAUCUCGAAACUCGAUGCAGAAGGUGCCAAGGAAAUACGCUAUCUUGAGGAACUAUGCGAUGUAAUACGGGGAGUAAGAAAGCCAGUUAUUGUAGCUGUUGAGGGGAUGGCUCUGGGCGGAGGAUUCGAACUGGCGCUGAUGUCGGAUUUCAUCGUCGCAACAACUGCCUCCGAGUUCCGUCUGCCAGAACUGACAAUUGGACUUAUCCCCGGGGCUGGAGGAACACAGAGGCUGACCAGUGCGCUUGGCAAAUACCGAGCUAUGAAACUGAUCGUCCUGGGUGAGCCUCUGUCCGGAACUGAAGCCCACAGCUUGGGCUUAGUUUGCUCGCUCACGGAACCGGGGCAAGCAUUGCAGAGUGCGCUGGGUCUAGCUAUGAAGCUAGGCUCACGGAGUCAGUCAGCUAUCAUGCUGGCCAAAGAAGCUAUUUGCAGAGCGGACGAGCUAGGGCAGGAUGAACGCUUCGAGCGAGCCCUUUAUUAUACGGCGUUUGGCACCCACGAUAAAAGAGAAGGGGUGUCGGCAUUUCUGGAAAAGAGGGCUCCAAUCUGGGGUGUGCAGUCGAAUGAGAAAUAAGAUCAUAUCUAUCUAACAGUACCACCAGAAUGAACUUCCCCUAGUUUCAGUCAAUCAAAUAUCUUUUCGCGCA